AUGGUAGCACAUUUCCGGCGAUCCGUUUCCUUUUCCAACACCCCAUCGCCGCCAUCACAACCGUCAUCAUCCACUUCAAGAACCGCUAGUAAAAGGCUCCAUUUUAGAUCCACAAGUCUUCCCACAAGGUCCCACCCUAUACUCUAUCAACUCAAAUUCCACCUUAACCAACUCAAAUCCCAAUGGGUAUCUGAUUCUGAACCAGAAUCAAUUCAUUCUGGUAAAGUUUCAGAUGCUCUGGUCCGUUUACGGACCAUAUUGGAGUCUCUUGAUGACCUUCUGGAUUUAGCUCCAUCAAGAGACUCCUUGCAUCGCCACCCCGAUUGGGUGGAAAAGGUUCUAGAAGACUUUCUUGUGAUGGUGGACGUCUAUGGAACCUUUUUGAUGCAAAUAUCGACGUUAAAACAAUGCAGUGUUGCAGCACAACUUGCAACUAGAAGAAAAGACGGGUUGAAAACCCUUGAUUGUUUAAAGGGUUUGAAAAAAUCGGGGCGUGAAAUCUUUAAGCUCAUGCCAUUUCUCCAAACUAUUCGAGAGAAUCACCCAAAUGAUCCAAUUGGAUCAGAUGCAAACCCCGAUCUUGAUAUAGUUGGAGUGAUAAAAGAUGUAAUACAAGUGAUUAUUAUGAUUUCCGAAGCGAUUUUUGGUGGGAUUUCUAGGUCAUUUGAUACUAGAAAAUCCUCAUGGAUGAUGGGAUUGAAGAAAUCAAAGAGGGAAAAGGGGAUCAAAGAACUAGAAAAUGGAGUUUGUUGUUUAAGAAAUUACAAGAAUGAAGUUUUGAACAAGAAAAUGAUGCAUGAAAUGGAUCAAUGUAUUGAUGGAAUUGAAAAUGGAAUUGAAAAGGUGUUUAGGAGUUUGAUAAAUACAAGGGUUUCUUUGCUUAAUGUACUUACACAAUAG